AUGGCAACCCCGCAGGAACUCGUGCCUCAAACAGAAUCCAUAGCUGAGGUCUACGCUACGGACGAUGCCUCUACUGCCUCUGCUGCCCCUGAGCACCAGUCACGGUUCAACGGAUUAGUUGCUCAAUUCACCAAAUUAUACGGCCAUCGCCCAGAUUUCGUAGCCCGCAGCCCUGGCCGUGUCAACAUCAUUGGAGAGCACAUCGACUACAACCUAUAUGACGUCCUCCCGACAGCUGUAAGUGUCGACGUGAUUAUCGCCGUCAAGGUUGUUCCUCCUACUGGCUCGGAAUCAUUUGUCAAAAUCUCCAAUGUUUCACCCGAAAAGUUCCCCUCUCGCGAAUUCACUGUGCCUCGGGAUACCGAUAUCGAGAUUGACCCCAAGAAGCAUGAAUGGGUCAACUAUUUCAAAGCUGGCCUUUCGGGCGCGUUGAAGUUCCUUCGCAAGCAGAAGGCGGAUGGCUCGUUUACACCAGCAAGCUUUGAGGUCUUGGUGGAUGGUAAUGUGCCUCCAGGUGGUGGUAUCUCCAGCAGCGCGGCAUUUGUCUGUGCAAGUGCGUUGGCCGUCAUGAAGGCCAACAACCACAAUGUUUCGAAGCAGGACCUGCUCGACCUGGCUGUUGUUUCGGAGAGAGCCGUCGGUGUCUACUCGGGAGGAAUGGACCAAGCGGCUUCCAUCUUCUCACGUCGCGGAUAUCUCCUCUAUACCCAGUUCUACCCCAACUUUGCCGUUCAGCAUGUCCCGAUUCCCAAGGCCGAUGAAGAAAUCACUUUCCUCAUGGCCCAGAGCUUCGUCACCUCAAACAAGGCCGAGACGGCACCCCGCCACUACAACCUGCGUGUCGCCGAAUGCACUCUGGCCGCUGUGGUGCUGGCCGCGCAGCACGGAAUCACCUUGACCAAGGACAACAGCUCGCUGGGAUACAGUCUACGCAACUUCCACGAGGAAUUCAUGCGCAAGGAGGGCCGCCUCGGGGACCCGCUGGAAUACCAGAUCGAUUCCGUGAUCCAAUCCACCAUGGAACUCCUGACCCAGGAGCAGGGAUACACCCGGGAAGAGGUCGCCAAGCUGCUCGGCAUCACGGUCCCCGAGCUCGAGGCCGAGUUCCUGUCCGCAUUCCCUGUCCAGGCAGAGCGCUUCCUGCUCCGCCAGCGUGCCCUGCACUGCUUCAAGGAAGCCCGGCGCGUGCUUGACUUCAGGGCCUGCCUGGCCAAGGCCCAUACCCUGGACGAGAGACGCAUCCGCUACCUGGGCCAGCUGCUGAACGAGUCCCAGGAAUCCUGCCGCACAGACUACGACUGCAGUGCCCCGGAAGUCGAUGAGAUCUGCGCCAUCGCCCGCCGCGCCGGAACCUGGGGAAGUCGCCUUACGGGCGCUGGCUGGGGAGGUUGCACGGUUCACAUGCUGCCGCAGUCCAAGGUCGAGGCCGUCACCAAGGCCUUGAAGGAAGAGUAUUAUCUGAAGAAGUUCCCGGAUAUCAGCGAGGAGAAGCUGGCACAGGCAAUGGUUAUCAGCAAGCCUUCUAACGGAUCCUUCAUGAUUACGGGAGCCGCCAUUGCCGAUGUCAAAAUUUAG